UAUUAAAUAAACAUAGUAUGGAAGGAAUCAAGAUGAAAUAUAGAAACAAAGUCAGGUCUAAAGCUGCUAAUGUGAAACUAAAUAUUACAAAUAAAUUAUUCAAAACAAAAUGAAAAAGGAGAUUCAUAAGUCCAAGCCCAAUGAGUAAAUCAUUCUUUUGAAGAAGGAAUCAGACAUCAAGAGUACCCAAGAAACAGCAAGCUAACACAAAGGAAAAUUCAUUAAGAGCUAUCAAGAGGAAUAUUCGGAAAAUUAAAAACACUCCAAGACUUACAGCCAAGAGUCCUGUUCCAAAGCAUAAUCUCAGAGUUACUUUACCACAAGACGAAGAAUAUGAGCGGGAAGAAAUGAGAUAUGUAGCCAUUAUCAAAAAGGCUAAUAGAGCACUAGAUAGAAGUCCGAGAGGGUUUCACUCUCCAUGAUUGCUUAAGAAGUUCCUGUCAACUUGGAAAUCCAUGAAGAGUCAGGAUAGUCAAGCUCAAAGAAGUAAGAACUGUUUGUCUCCAGAGCAAAGGAUCAUCUUCAAUUCCAGUGAUGGAAGCCAAGAUUUUGAAGACAAUGAGCCCCAGAGCUUCAGCUUAGGAAAGAACUGGAUUACUUUCUCGGCCUGAAAAGACUCUUAUAAGCCUAAAGUGUUAUAACACCCCUUUCGACAU